UUGUCAGCUGUCAUAUUCGAGACCGAUAUUUUUCGCCCAGGAAAACUGCUCACUUUUUGCUAAAUCUUAAAAAUAAACCCAAGCAAAAUGAUGAACCUCUCGAGAGCUGUUGUCCGUAGCUUCGCUACCACCGCUGGCCGCCGGUCCGCCGCCGUGCCCAAGGAUCAGAUCGAGAAGGGAUACUUCGAGAUCCGCAAGGUGCAGGAGCACUUCCAGAAGAAGGAUGGCAAGCCCGUCUUCCUCAAGGGAUCCGUCGUGGACAACGUGCUCUACCGCAUCACCGUCGCCCUCUCCCUCGUCGGCAUCGGUGGCAUGGGCAAGCUUUUCUACGAGCUGAGUGUUCCCAAGAAGGAGUGAAGUCGGAACACCGAACCCUAAGCUAAGCCAUUAAACCCCGCGCAAGAUCCGUGAUUCAGCGUAGUCCCCUUAUAUUUCAAUGUUUU